GGACCACAUAAGUGCCCCAAAGACCUAGAAAUGAUGUUGUCUCAAGGGCAAGGUGACUGGUCCAAAGAAGACGUUGAGAAGUUACUGGAACGUAUGGAGAGGAACCUUCCAUCCAAUGACAGCCACACAUUCAAAACAGCCCAGUCACUGAUGGACUGGGAAAAAGUAGCUUUUAAAGAAUUUUCUGGACAAAUGUGCAAACAAAAAUGGUUAGAGAUUUCUUAUAACCUGAGGAAGUUUCGGACUCUGUCAGAAUUAGUCUUGGAAGCAAAGGAAAAUGUUCACAGUUCUCACAAAAGCAGAAAACUCGAGAAGCAUCCUGAUUUCCCCAAGAAGCCCCUGACCUCCUACAUUCGCUUUUUCAAGGAGAUGCGACCCCAGUACCUCCAAAGACACCCUCAGCUGAGCAACCAGGAGCUGACCAAGGUCCUGUCUGAAGAAUACAAAAAGCUGCCAGAGCAGGUGAAGCUGAAAUAUACGCAAGAUUUCCAGAAGGAGAAACAGGAGUUUGAGGAAAAAAUGGCUCAGUUCAAGGAACAGCACCCUGAUCUAGUCCAGAAGUCCAGGAAGUCUGAUGUCCCCAAAGGAAGCCAAUCCAGACUCCAGGGAAGUGUGCAAAAAGUGAGGUCUCCCCCCAGAAACAAUGUAUCCAUGACGAUGAAGUUCCAUGGAGAACCCAAGAAGCCCCCGAUGCAUGGAUAUCACAAGUUCCACCAGGAUUUGUGGUCCAGCUGGCAGCUGAAAGGGCUGCCCUAUUGGCAGCGCAUGGUGGAGAUUGGUAGACUCUGGCAGCGGGUCCCCCAGAGCGAGAAGGAGCAUUACAAGCAGCAGGCUGAGCAACUGCAGAAACAGUACAAGGUGGACCUCGACCUCUGGCUCCAGACUCUGUCUCCUGAAGAAUAUGCUGCUUACAGAGAGCGAACCUGCAGCAAGCGUAGGAACAUGAGCAUGCCAGGGGGCCCGGACCCCAAGAUCAGAGAGAUGGCUCUGCAGUCCCCAUCGGCAGGGAAUCUGCAAGGAGGGCUUGGAGGGGACCAGGGCCUUCGAGAGACGGAAUCAUCAGACACUACUGGAGAAAAUGUUUCACAGGCAUCAGAGGAAAAAAAGGACCUUAAGGAAAGGGAGGACGGCAGAAACUCCUCGGACAGCACCAGGGAGGAAGAUGAGGAUGGUGGUGCUGAGGGCAGUGGGGAUGAAGAUGAAUAUUGUGAUGUUCAGCACAGUGGCCCCAACUCACAGUCCUAA